CUAACCUACAAAUUUGCAAAUCGUGAAUUCUGAAUUCAUUCUUCACAAAAUCAAUUCAUCAAAACUAGAUAGAACAUUGAUAUUUUGUUGUCAACAUGUCGAAUGAAAUCCGUUGUCUCUUGUUUGUAUGCGGUGUAUGGUGAGGUGUGAUUGCAAAAACUAAUGUAAAGAUAUUUUUAUAGGUAUUGCUUAUUCUGUCCUAAAUUACAGAAAUGUAUUCUCUACUGACUUGCUAAUGCAAUAUUAUAGGUUUGUAACGAAUCGAGAAACAGCAAACCUGGAUAAAUUUGUCACAAAUAUGACUGUUGGAACACCCAGCCCUUUUGUUUAUUGGGCACAAGAUAUGCAGAAUAUCUUCUUGAAAGUUGACUUGAAAGAUGUUAAGGAAAAAAUCAUAAAAAUCGAACCGUAUGGCAUUGAAAUGGGUGCUGAGGGCGUAGGAGCCCAUGGAGCUACAUACUACCAUUUCAGACUUAAUUUCUACAAGGAUGUGGUCAGCAAAGUGAAAGUGGAGCAUCAGACGAAAAUUACAGACAGAUCUGUUGAAAUUGUUGUGAGAAAGCAGGAGGAUUUGCUUUGGCCCAGACUGACCAAACACAAUCAAAAACCUGCCUGGCUCAAGGUUGAUUUCGAACGAUGGCAGAGUGGAGAAGAGGAAGAGGAAGAUCAACUUCCCGAAAUUAACGGCAAUAAGCGAUUACAAGACAUACAUGGUGAUUACCCCGACCUGUACGAGAAAUUGAAAAAGGACGAAUUUGGAUAUAAAAAAGAGGACAUGAAAAAGGUCUACCUUGUACUAUAUAACCUGAGCCAGUUUGUCUUCUAUAUGUACGUAUUCAUUGUGAUGUCGAUUCGGUACGCUAAAGAGAAUGUUGAUUCAAUGUCCGGUACUUAUGAAGCAGUCGGCACAGUGAUGAAGUUCUGUCAGCUGAUUCAGUUUCUAGAGGUGAUGCAUCCUCUAUUCGGCUACACUACUGGAUCCACUUGUAUUGCUUUUGCUCAGGUGACGGGCAGAGCGGCCAUUUUGUUUUUAAUGAUCGAUGCCGAGCCCAGGAUGCAGACAAAGCCAGUCGUGUUCUACUUAUUUCUCAUCUGGUCCAUUAUUGAGAUUGUUCGGUAUCCAUAUUAUAUUGCUCAAGUCUUCAAACUCAACGUUAGUUUUCUUACAUGGCUGAGAUACUCUGUAUGGAUUCCUCUCUACCCGUUGGGUAUUCUCUGUGAGGGCAUCAUAAUUCUAAGAAAUAUUCCGUACUUUGAGGAAACGAACCGGUUCAGCGUGUCUUUGCCCAAUGCCUGGAAUUUCACGUUUCAUUGUCCGACAGUCAUGAAGCUCUAUCUCCUGUUCCUCUUUUUUCCUGGUAUGUACACCAUGAUGAGACACAUGUACAACGCUCGUGUGAAGAAGUUGAAACCGAAUUUCUGGAAAAAGAAAUUGAGAUAGGUGAAUCCGUCAACGUCAACGUCACAAAAAUUAUUUCAACGUCAACGUUGACGUCAAUGUCAACGUUGACGUCAACGUCAACGUUGUCAUCAACGACAAUGUCAACGUCAACGUUGACGACGUCAACGUCACAUAUUUUCACGAACAUUUUAUUCUUGUUAAUCAGGAUAAUAUAUCGUAUUUUCGCUUUAUAAUCUUACUGAAAACACCAAUUUGAUGUGUGUUGUUGAAUGCAUGCCUUAUUUACCAAAUAUUAGUCGUAAUUUGUUUAGAAAGUUUUGGCCAAAGACAAAAAAAUAACUAGUUAAUAAAUGAUUUGUGAAUAAUUAUCCAAGGUCUAUAAAUACAGGUCAUGACACAAUCCCGUGAUGCAUUGCAAAAUCGCCAUUUUAUGAGGUUCUAGUUCA